AUGGUGAGGGUCCUCCAUUAUUUUGUCGACCUUCUCAGUCGGAUCCAUGCUUGCCACGUGCACCUCGUCACUCACCGCGAUCUCAAGCCGCAGAACGUCCUCAUCCGCCCCGUGGACGGCCUCGAGAUCGGCGAUUUUGGCUUCGUGCGCACCUUGCUGUUCCCCAUCCAGAAGUACACCCAAGACGUCAUAACCCUGUGGUACCGUGGCCCAGAGCUGCUGCUGGGACGUCCCCUGUACGGCCCUGAGGUGGACCUUUGGUCUCCCGGGUGCAUCUUCGCUGAGAUGGCCACCAGCCAGCCGACGUUCCCGGGAGGCUCCGACAUAGGCACGUUCUUCAAGAUUAUGUAG